UCCUGUGUGCAAAGAACCUUGCAAAGAAAGACUUCUUCCGGUUACCAGAUCCUUUCGCCAAAGUGGUGGUGGACGGCUCAGGACAAUGCCACUCAACCGAUACUGUGAGAAACACGCUGGACCCGAAGUGGAAUCAACAUUAUGAUCUAUACAUUGGAAAGGCAGACUCGAUCACCAUCAGUGUGUGGAACCACAAGAAGAUCCACAAGAAGCAGGGUGCAGGUUUCCUGGGAUGUGUACGUCUCCUGUCCAACGCCAUUAACAGACUCAAAGACACUGGCUAUCAGAGACUUGACCUGAAUAAGCUCGGUCCCAACGACAAUGACACUGUGAGAGGACAAAUAGUCGUAAGUCUUCAGUCCAGAGAUCGUAUAGGCACAGGGGGGCCUGUGGUGGACUGCAGCCGCCUGUUCGACAACGACUUACCCGAUGGUUGGGAGGAGAGGAGGACGGCUUCUGGACGGAUCCAGUACCUGAACCACAUCACUCGCACCACCCAAUGGGAGAGACCUACCAGGCCGGCCUCGGAGUACUCCAGCCCAUCGGGGCGUCCGCUGAGCUGCGUGGUGGACGAGAACACUCCAGUAAUGACGCCUGUGAACGGGGCUGAGGCCAGUGGACCACCGGGGGAACAGCGGAUCCAGGAGAGACGGGUCCGAUCGCAGCGGCACCGUAACUACAUGAGCCGAACACACCUGCAUACGCCGCCAGACCUGCCUGAGGGUUACGAGCAAAGAACGACUCAGCAGGGUCAGGUCUACUUUCUCCACACACAGACCGGAGUCAGUACCUGGCAUGACCCCCGGGUGCCCAGGGAUCUAAGCAAUGUGAACUGUGAGGAGCUCGGCCCGCUGCCACCGGGCUGGGAGAUCCGAAACACAGCCACGGGCCGUGUCUACUUUGUGGACCACAACAAUCGAACGACACAGUUCACAGACCCGCGGCUGUCUGCUAACCUGCAUCUAGUACUCAACCCGAGUCCAAAUGGUUCCCGCGUGGCCAUGGAAAGCCAAAACACUAACCUCAGUCACCCGCCUCAGUUGAAGGAGCAGGGUGGUCCUGGUCCUGGGGGCCCUCCACAGGCUCUGUCCCCAGCCCAGCUGCCUGAAGAGGCAGAGUGCCUGACGGUGCCCAAGUACAAGAGAGAUCUGGUGCAGAAACUGAAGAUCCUGCGGCAGGAACUCUCUCAGCAGCAACCCCAGGCCGGCCACUGCCGCAUCGAGGUCUGCCGUGAGGAGAUAUUUGAGGAGUCCUACCGACAGGUGAUGAAGAUGCGUCCAAAGGAUCUCUGGAAGAGACUGAUGAUCAAAUUCAGAGGAGAGGAGGGGCUGGACUAUGGCGGGGUAGCAAGGGAAUGGUUAUACCUGCUGUCCCAUGAGAUGCUGAACCCGUACUACGGCCUGUUCCAGUACUCCAGAGACGACAUCUACACUCUACAGAUUAACCCCGACUCUGCUGUCAACCCGGAGCACCUGUCGUACUUCCACUUUGUGGGUCGCAUCAUGGGCAUGGCGGUGUUUCACGGUCACUACAUCGAUGGCGGCUUCACUCUGCCCUUCUACAAACAGCUGCUGGGGAAACCCAUCACGCUGGACGACAUGGAGUCCGUCGACCCCGACCUCCACAACAGCCUCGUCUGGAUCCUGGACAACGACAUCACCGGCGUCCUGGACCACACGUUCUGUGUGGAGCAUAACGCCUACGGAGAAAUCAUCCAACACGAGCUCAAACCCAACGGCAAGAGUAUGCCCGUCUCAGAGGACACCAAGAAGGAGUAUGUCAGGUUGUACGUGAACUGGCGUUUCCUUCAUGGCAUCGAGGCUCAGUUUCUGGCGCUGCAGAAAGGCUUCAACGAGGUUAUUCCUCAACACCUGCUCAAAUCCUUCGAUGAGAAAGAACUGGAGCUGAUCGUGUGUGGCCUGGGAAAGAUCGACAUCUCCGACUGGAAGUCCAACACGCGUCUGAAGCACUGCACCCCAGACAGCAACAUCGUCAAGUGGUUCUGGAAAGCCGUGGAGUCGUUCGACGAGGAGAGGAGGGCGCGGCUGCUGCAGUUUGUAACCGGCUCAUCGAGAGUUCCACUUCAGGGCUUCAAAGCUUUACAGGGUGCUGCGGGACCCAGACUCUUCACCAUUCAUCAGAUCGAUGCUAACGCCAACAAUCUGCCCAAAGCCCAUACCUGCUUCAAUCGGAUCGACAUUCCUCCCUACGAGAGCUACGACAAGCUCUACGACAAGCUGCUCACGGCCAUCGAGGAGACCUGCGGCUUCGCUGUGGAAUAACAUAUGAGAGUGUGUGUGUGUGCGUGUGUGUGUGCGUGUGUGUGUGUGUGUGUGUGCGUGUGUGUGUGCAGGACUAGAAUAUAACGGUCACUGCGGCGUGCUGUCUGACUCUCUCAGAGCGUGAUUUGUGCGUCAAAGAGCGGCCGGCGGUCUUCCUCUUCUUUAACAGCCCUCUACACUCGUCCCUUUUCAAGAUCUGUUUGAACAGCUGCUACAGACUCUCCUGACCUGUUUUUAUUUUCACUUAAUUGUUGCGCUUUUUCAUUCAUUUCCUUUUUUUUUUGUUUUGGUAUUUUUGUGAACAAUUUGUGUUUAAUACAGAGAGAAACUAAAAAGCUGCAUCAGCGGUUUUUAAGUGGACUGUUUGUUUUUGAAUUCAGAACGAGGAGCCUCUCACUUUGAAUCAGGACGCAGGUGAUGACGAACGAACAGCCUAGAGGUGCACCGAUUGAGCAGUUGGUGACCGGCAUCGGACUAUUUUCAGUCUUUUGGGCUCGAGAUCUGUGAACGGCAGGUCCUCUCAAGUAUAUCUGAUUCUGUGCAGAACUCAGAUUUACACACACGCAUCACGUUACAUGCACAGCGACACACAAACACUAACACAACAGCCAAACACACACACACACACACAAGCUAACAUGUCAACAGAGCGUGGACAUGAGGUUCCAUCAGCAGAGGAUAAACAAAGACCGAUUUCAGACACCUCCUUCUCUUGCCCGAAAGUGUCUCUAACAAAAAUGUUUUUGCAGCACCGUCCCCCCCCCCUGCUCCCCAGCACUGGGGGAGCACAGUACGUCGAAAUAUUAUCCAAUUAAUAAUCCUGUAUUAUUCUUUGUUCACGCUGCGACACUUAAAUGAUAAAACCUCAGCCUGUGAGUGUGAAAUUAAAAAAGUUUGAGCUUCCGGGAAACAAAUCACUUUGCUGGAAAUAUAAGAUUGAAAAAAUUGCAAAUACCUUUUAAGAGGCAGCGAGAAAGAAAGCGGUAGAUAAGGAAGAGACUGCAGGAAACAGUCACCAGUUGUUGUUAUUUGUUUGGGAAUAAAUCGUUCCUUCAGGAGUCAGGGAGAAUGCAGCUGAAGAGAUUUAGCAGCUUUGGAGAUUUUUGAAAGUUAACCUGGGGGGGGGCUUGAUGGCCGAUUAUGUUGCACCCCGAGGGCUAUAGUCCUGAUCGCAUAAGACCUCGGCCCUUUGCUGCAUGUCAUCCUCCUCUGUGCCCUCUUAAACGUUUCCUGUCUCUCUUCAGCUGUCUUGUA